AUGGAGGAUCCUCUGAUUCGCAAGGAAAUCGAGGAUGCUCGUAAAGUGCCUCAUGACGCAUUCCUUGCGAUUGCGAAUUAUCCACAACUCUACGACAACAAGCACGCCUUUUUGAAAAAUAUGCGAUAUGACAGGUACUUACUCGUCUUAGUAAAUAGUUGUACUAGUAUCAUUUUUUUGGGAACAAUACCGUACUAAUAUUCAAGACCACCAAGAAUGUAGUCAACAUAGCGGAUAUCAUGUUCUUGUAAGUACUUCUUAAGAAAGUAGAAACUAUCGUCGAAUCAUGCUUCACCUUCACCAGCAUCAUGUUCUUCUUCUACUACUUUUUUUCCCGCCCUCCACUCCUCUGAGAAAUCCUCGGUUUCCCUCUAUUCUUUCCACCACAGAGAAACCGAGGAUUUCUUAGAGGAGCGUAUGACUCAGAAGCAGCUGGACCAAGAUUUGGCGUGGCUCGACCUUGAGUGCCAUCGAG